GGGAACCCCACCUAGCCUAUUUUCGCUCAUAAGAGUGGUGCUGGUUGUCUCCCUUCAUGAGUGAUGUUAUACUCGGCCAAAUGAGGUGUAUAAGGUGUCCUUGGAUAGCUUUUGAAGUCUAUUUUUAUAAUUGAGUGGUCUCAGUUCGAGAGGAGAGAGUAAUCAUCCAAAAAUCGAUCUGGAACGAGCAGUGGUCUGUGAACUCGAGCUGUGAGAGUGCUGAGACUGUUUGGUUGAUAUCUCGAGUUUUACCAAUCCAAUUAAGGCGUGUGAGAUACCAAAAGAAAGCUCUCGAGACGAGGAAUCUGUGAAGGUCUGGUUUGCAUCAAUCGGAGUAGAGGAAGGCUUCCAAAUCGUCCGAGCAGAACGCGACCUCGCAGGGACGGAUUUACUCUUCUAAGAAUCGAGUUAGCCGGAAAACACCCGUUCUAGGGCUGUUUUCGUAUCAACGAUUAGGGGUUGAAAUAGCAACUUGAGGAGGCUGUUUAGCACCCAUCUCUAAGCAAGGAAUCAGUUCUCAAGCUUCCUUGGCCGAGGCUUUAGCCAUUGGAUCGAGAAGGAAGGUUUUAAAGCUCAUUUGAGGUUGAGGCUAGAGCUUGCUUCCUGUGCUCGUUGCUCGAGGGAUCAUCUAGGAGGGAAGACUUGGUUCGUGCUUCCUCCAUUCAGUUUUAAACAUUAAUAAACAUGCUCAUGGAUAUUUUACUAUGGAGCCUGCGUGCUCAUGAAUAGCCCGGUGUGGCCUUUUUGUUUUAAACAAUGUUUUCCGCUGCAUUAUGAAUUACUUACUAUGUUUGUUUAUGGAUGGCUUACGUGUGAAUGAUAUUCGAGACGCCUUGUAUAAUAUGAAUGUGUUGGACUGCGGUUGACUAUUCGUAUUGUACGGCGGGUUGUUGACGUGUCCGGGGAGGUCCGGGGCGUGACAGAGGGAGCCAUCAAAACUGUGCCGGCUACGCAACCCUGCAGCAGAUUAGUGGGAGGAGGUCGUUUACGGAUCUCCCUACGUCCAUUCAUGGCUGGAAGGCCAAGUUCGUGUUCGUCACCUUGGGUCAGGGUGACUUCUUUCCUUCCAAUGGUCACAGCGGCCUCUUUGAAUUGCAUACCCCCCCUUGGAGUGCCGAAAUAAGUAAUCAAGUAGAGGCCUUUAUUAAGGGGGGGCCGAGGAGCAUCAAGACAUACGUUACUGAGUAUCGGAUGGCUGCUCUCGGCUUCGUGAGAUACUAUUGUCCUGGUGAUGUCGAUGAUGAUCUUUGGCCGAAGAUGGUGGGGUCUUAUGAGCAAGCCGACGGGCCCCGCCUAGGCGUGCCAGCUGAGGCCGAAGGCUUCGAUAUGGAUCGCAUGUCAUUUAUGGCUCGGGCCGCCAGGAAGGCCGAUGCGGAGUUGAAAGCUGCUCAAGCUGCCGAGGCAGCAAAGAAGUCUGCGGGCGGUUCCCAAGGGGGUGUUGAGGCCGCUAAGAAGCCUGUGGCUAAGAAGAGCAGGAGGGCUGCUGAUGAGGGCCAAAAGACUCUGGCCGAAGCGGGGCUAAAACUGAGCCAGGCUUCGAAGAAGACGAAGAGGGCUCCCACGAAUGAAGAGGCCGGCGCCCCCUCAUCUCAGGCUGUUGCGGAUGUUCAGCCGUCGGCGGUCCCUCCUGUGAAUGAUCCCCCUUCGUCGGCCGUUGUGGCCUCGGCUUCUCGAGUUGCUCCCUCUACUGCCGCUGCCGCCCGUUUGGAGGAGGCUCUUGCUAAGGGGUCGUAUGAGGUCUCCGUACGAUACCCUGUCAAAGGUGGUCUUUUCAACGAGACCGUCGGCGGUGAUGACAUGCUUGCUCAGGCUAUGCCUGAGUAUGAUCGCCAGUAUCUCGGCCGACAAGGCCAGCAUGUUCGGCUGUACGACGGAGGGAUGGACUAUGUCGUCCAGGGUGCCCUAAUGCUGCGGGAGCAGCACUGGAGACAGGAAGCCGAAAUAGAGCGGCUAAAGAAGAUGGAGGCAAAGGCUGUCUCGGCCGAUGAGGCUCUCCAAGAUCUGAGGGACAAGGCCAAGGCCGCGGAGGGUGAAAUGCAGCUCCUUCAGCUGCGUCUUGAUGAGGCCGAGUCAGCCCGGAGGAAAGCUGAUGAGGCCGUUGCCGUUGCCGUCCAAAGAGCCGAGGAGGCGGAGCUGCUCAAAGCCGAGGCGGAGGUGGUUGCUGAGAAGGCCGUAGCCGACUUCAAGGCCGAGGGGUGGAAAGCCGAGGACCAGCUCCCCUUCUGCUAUGAGGUGGUUGCCGAGAGGUUGAAUGAUUGGACGACGAAGGACCCCGCCGGCCAAGAAUUCUGGAUGAACGAGAUGCAAGCUUUCUACGACUGUGGUCAGUACAGAAUGCAAAAGCUGAUCUACAGGAAGCUUCGUCGUCGCUUCCGGAAGAUGAGGCCGAGGGGUCUGAGUCUCCCUCGGCGAAUGAAGAAUCCUGACGAGGAUUUGAAGCUCCCCCUGUUGGAGAGGCAGCCCCCGAUCCUAAGUUCGUCUGAAGGGGAAGAGCCGUGGAGUGAUAGUGACGACUAUUUGCUCGAAGGGCCUGCCGACUCCCAAGCCGAUGAGGGUGGUGGUGAUGAUGAUGCCGAUGACGGCCACGGCGACGGUGCUGUUGAUGGUGGAGUGCCAGCUAAUGUUGUAGCUUAGUAUUUUCUUGUAUUAGUUUUUGUAGCCAUAGCACUGAAGUGCAUGUAAUGGCCGAAGCGCCCACCUCUUGUAUCUUUUUAUCCAUUAAUGAUAAGUCUUUGUCACCAUGAU